AUGUUCACUAAGUUCACCCUGUUCACCUGGUUCAUCCUGUUGUUCACCUUGUUCUCUCUAUUUGGUUCAGUUUCGGCUGAUACGAACUACACGGUGGUUGGACCAACCAGUUUGAGGCCGGGUCACCCGUACAGUUUCAGCGUCCAAAUUUAUGGGGUUCCAAAUCCAGUCAGCUACACGCUACUGGCAAAGAUAGUCAACUCUGGAGACGAUAAUGACGUUUUGGUUGAAGAGGAGUUUACUGUAGUACAUGCCUCACUGCAGACUUUUUCGUUGAAUGUGCCAAUCAAUUUUCCUGACACUGCUUACACAUUCAAAGUGACAGCAAGUGGUGGAAAGAUAAGUUUCAACAACAGUCACUAUUUGUCAGUUAGUCAGAAAACUCACUCCGUCUUCAUACAAACAGACAAGUACCUCUACAAGCCUGGCCAGACAAUAAAGUUUCGUGUUCUUGGAAUUCAGUCGAACUUGAAACCUUACAAAGAAGCUUUCAACAUAACGAUCUACGUUAGACCACUUCAUUACUGCAACCUAAAAUAUCUCAUAUAG